AUGGUGCAGAAGAGCAGGAGGAGUGCCAAACUGUUCGUGAAAGAGCAGCAGCUUCCUUGGCCAGCACCUGCGACUGCUUUAAUUGCUUGCGUGCUUUUCCCUUGUGCCAUGGCGCUGCGGGCUUUGCAGGCAUGCAUCGCAACAGGGGCUCUGUCCAUUGGGCCUUUGCCCAUACCUCCGGUCACCUUUCCCUGGAUGGCAUGGCCUGUGCUCAUGAUGGGAGCCCUGUGGCAUCGGCACGUCAAUGGCGCCUGGUUCCCCUCCGUGGCGGUCACUGGGAGAGCUAUCGCCGCAGCCGCUGUGUUGGGCAUUCUCGAAGCUUGCGCUGCCGCCCUUGAUGUCUUCGUUCCUUCUGGUGGGAGCAACAGGCAAAGCGUGAUCUUGGCUCUGCUGCGCUGUGCUGACAUUCCAGUAGCAGCUGCUCUCAACGCGCUGAUGAGUGGAGACUCUCAAGCGCCUGUACUGUCCUCGUUGCCCAUAUCUCUGGGCCUGGCCUGUUCUUGGUUGCUUUGCGAGUGUUACGGGCGAAAGGAAGACACCUUCCGCUCACAUCCGGGCGAUGCAUUGCUCAUCACCGCCGCUGCUGUUGCAACAAUUUGCAGAGCCUUGCGAUGUGCCGGUGGUGCCUUUCUGUUGCGGCGAGUGGGAGUGGAUAAUUCUUGGGGUGGUCUCUUCUUUGUAGGUGGUUUUAGCGGGUUCUUUGGAUCUAUGCUUGUGCUGCCUCUAACCUUGGGCCAAUUGCCCUUAAAGUCGAUGGAUUGGGACACCAACGCUGUUUCUGCUGUUCAGCUUGACUUCAGCCUGGUUGCGGUUGCGGCACUUGGGCUUGGAGCAGUGGAGACGCUCUCGAGGCUGGCUGUACUUCGCCACUCUGACACAAUUACUGCUGCAUCCCUUGAUGCGGGAAUUUUGCCUUUGGCUGCUGUUAUGGCGCGAAGCUUGGGCAUGGCCCACGCCUCACCUGAUCGCUAUGUGCCAGCCGACUUUCUUGCACUUGCAACUCUUCUACUCAGUUCGUUUAUUCAGCUGCGCUCCUCCAGCCACCGCGACGGCGAAGCACUUAUCGGCAACAACAUGCUGCAGCAGCUGACCCACCUCCGCCUGAGCAUCCACCUCCGCCCGAGGAGGCUCCUCCAGCGGCCCCGCCCCAUGAGAUUCCUGCUCCUCCACCGGAGCCGGACUCUGCACCACCACCACCAGAGGCGCCGCCACCGCCUGGCAGCGAGUGUGAAGGCACUGCCUGCCAGGGCCAAGGCCGUGAAGCAGUUCCGCGGCGGCGCUCUUCUGAGGCUGCAAGAUGCCCUUGUACAACUCGUCAUCAAGUUCAAGGGCUGUAAUCCAUGGCUCCCCACGAAGAAGCUCCUCCACUGGAGCACUUUGAAGGCUGGAGCUCCAAAUAUCAUCAAGCUACCGAUCAUGGGUUUCUUAGAAUACAGGACAGGCAGACUACUGCCUGAGUAUAUCCUGGAGGUGCGAUGCUUAAGAGUCGAUGCACCGGAGUGGCGAUACGAGCUGGUUCACAGCUGGCCCAGUGGAAUCUCGAUUUUCGUCGGCGAUCGCAGAGUUCUUGUGAAGAAGCCGGACGAUGAGCAUUUCGAGGCCCCGGGACCAUUCAACCUCACGGACUUCGUUGCACGGCGUCCAAACGAGGUCAACCAUCCAAUGCAGGUGAAUGUUGCGAUAACGGCCAAGAAGACCGAAAUCUGGGCCAUAGGCUUUGUGCUUAGCCUGGGCGUGGCGAGGGAUGAUCAGGUCGCCGAGCAGGUCGUGCAACAGCAGCCGCCGCUAGAGGACCGAAUGAAGCUUGAUCUUGAGCGCGUUCGCAUAUGGGUCAGCGAGCAUCGUCCUGAUCGCGUGUCGAAGAAGGACACACUCCGCUGUGUUGAGCCACCCGUUCUGAAGUUGAUCUGCUGCACUAGCCUCCUACGAAUUGAGCAAGCUGCGCGCGGUUCGAGGUGUGAGCACCUGCAGUGCUUCGAUUUGAACUCGUACAUCCACACAAUGCGGAGCAUUCCGCCCAAACAUGCCUGGUGUUGCCCGAUUUGUGAUCAACCCGCACCAUUGCAUCAGCUUAGACUAGACGCCUUCGCACAGUCUAUAGUGGACAACACGGCAGCCAAUGUCACAGAGGUUCUGGUAGCUGACAAUGGAAAGUUUGAGGUCUCUGCGACAGAAGAGCUGCUGCAGGAUUCCUCAGACGAGGAGGCUCUCAAGGCGGAGCAGGCCGUUCAAGCAGCGGCCGCAGCCGGGCUGUCUCCGGUACCUCGUGCUGCUCCAGUCCUGCUGUCGCAGGCGGAGCUGCAGCAAGCCGCGUUGAAUUUGGGCCGUGCCUUCUCGGCUCCGAAGGCAACAGCUCCAGCAGCUCCAGCUCCAGAGGCCCAGCCGAAAGCGGAGCCAAAGGCCAAGGAGAGAGAACAAAACAGGAGCCGAAGUCCAAAGCGAGGUGGCCAGGAGUCGCCUCCAGAGGACAAGAUGAAGGCUUGGAAAGUGCUGCAAGGCCUCGAAAAGGCUCCAGAGAAGCCAAAGGCGAAGGAGCCACCUGCGGUGCCUCCAGAUGCAGAGCCCGAGAAGCCCGAGAAGCCGAAGGAAAAGGAGCAGAUCGGCUGGCUCCCCGAUGGUGCUACAUGCUCUUUGUGCUCCAAGACUGUUGUUGAGAAAGGCGGCGUGUACUGUGGUCGGAAGCGCUCUUCCGGAGAGCUUGCGGGCUGCUUCGAGGCGAUCUGCUGGAAGUGCAUGAACAAGCACAGGGACAAGAUUGGCAAGAUCAAGACCACCAAGUCUGAGUUUGGCUCGCUUGGGGCUGGAGCCUGGUGGAUGCACGAAAGGUGUAUGACACCAGAGGACAAGAAGGAUUAUUUCGGCGAGGAUGAAGAGGAUGAUGUCGAAGAUGUCAAGCCAAAGCGACCCAAGAAGAAAUUCAAGGAUGAGGACUCCGCAUGGCACCAAUGCUUCGCCUUGAAGGGCCUUGAUGCAGGCUUCUUUGCCCCCUCGUUCGAGGAGGAGGGAUACAAGACCAUCGGGGAUGUACGGUGCGAUGGCUGGGAGGUUGUGCAGGAGUUUGUCGAGGCGCUUUGCAUGCCUCGAGGAUCUGAUGAGCGUUUGAUGCAGCUGUGCUUUCAGGCAGAUGCAGAAAGCACAACUGAGACUGCUGGGAUGAACGAGAACGAGGCCGCGGCUGAAGUGAUACUUUCGGGCACCGCGAAUGCUGAAUGGCAAGAAGCUGUGAUGCCGCUAUACUCCAUGCAUAUGGGCUGCGAGAACAUGGGGCCUCUCCUUCACAGUUUGGCACGCUUCGUCAAGCCGCGCAGUUGUCUGGAAAUUGGAGCAGGCUACACGUCGGCCUUCCUGCUCCAGGCUUUGGAGGACAAUUGGCGGGAGAUGCAGUUCUGGGAGUCCUGGCGAACUUCACCAAAGACUUCCGGGAGGGGCGGGAGAAGUUGCAGAUUUGGAAGGCGGCGUUUUGCAUUGUGUCGACAACUUCGCCCACAAACACACCACCGCACCGGAGCUUCUCCGCGUUGCACAGCGUUUGGGGCUGCAGCGCCGCUUGAGGCUCCAUCUGGAUGA